ACUUCGAUUAUAAAAAUGAUGAGAGGGGAAUGAGAAACGAAGAAUGGUAUAACGGUUCUGAUGAUGAAGAGGAGGUUAUAAAUAGGAUGAAAUUGUUUCGGAAGACCCCAGUUGAAAUUAUACUUGGUGAAGUGUUAGAGCAAGGUUGAGUUUGUUGAUAGUUUAUUUGUAACCUUUCGAACAACUUGCAUCAAGUUGUUCAGUGUUGUUUUGAAUCAAGAUGGGCUUGGAUAAACACUUGACGACCAUAGAACGUGAAGAUGUGUUCUGCAGGGGUCCGUUAUUACACACAGUGCAAAUGUCGAAAAUCUUCGACGACUCGAAAACGUUCGUAGAUAUGAAAAUGAAAUAUCCCCCACAAAAAAUUCUGGAAAAAUAUGAAGAUUUCAUGAAUUCAAUCGCGAAAAAUCCAUCUAAAGAACAAGUGAGGAAAUUUGUUGCAGACAAUUUCGAGGAAAGUGAUCAGGUUUUCGAGGAGUUUCAACCAAGGGAUUGGGGUAUCAACCCUUCCUUCUUAGAGAACAUUGUCAAUGAGGAAUACCGUGAAUUUGGAUGCGCUAUGCAUAAACUGUGGGCAGAACUAGGAAGAAAAAUGACGGCAAAAACUGAGAAGGAUAUCAACAGUACCAGUCUGGUUUGGGUACCGAACCAUCUGAUAGUUCCAGGUGGGAGAUUCAGGGAAUUUUACUACUGGGAUACAUACUGGAUUAUAAGAGGACUUCUCAUCUCAGAAAUGUACGAAACAACAAGAGGUAUGUUGGACAAUUUUCUUCACAUAGUGGAACGAUAUGGCUAUGUACCAAACGGUGGUAGAAUCUACUACUUAGGACGAUCACAGCCUCCUACAUUGAUCCCUUCGUUCAAAGCCUACCUAGACGCUGAGGAUACUUCCAAUACUGAUCAUUCUAAUUAUCUAAAAAAAAACAUUCAUCUUCUAAGUAAAGAAUUCGAUUUUUGGAUAACUAAACGAACAACAGUUGUCAAAUUAGGAGAUAAGGAAUACACCCUAGCGAUUUAUGGUAACAGUUCAGAGGGUCCAAGGGCCGAAUCCUACGCGGAAGACGUCGAGUCUGCAGCCCCUCUAGAGGGUGAAGAGGCUAAAGCAUCGUUUUACUCGGAGAUCAAAGCGGCAUGUGAGUCAGGUAUGGAUUUCACUAGUAGAUGGUUUGUUUCUAACGGAACAAGUAAGGGAUCACUUCGAGAUACGAAGACAACUUCGAUCAUUCCAGUGGAUUUGAAUGCAAUCCUCUACAAUAACGCUGUUAUUUUGCAAGAAUUUUACACGAGGUUGUCCCAGUUUGACAAGGCGGCUUAUUACAAGGAAAAAGCUGAAGAGUGGUUGGAAGCUAUUGACGCUGUUCUUUGGCAUGAAGAUGUUGGUGUGUGGCUGGAUUAUGACUUGGCGAAUGGUGUGAGAAGGAACUAUUUCUAUGCGUCAAAUUUAACACCUCUCUGGGCUGGUUCUUAUUCGAAGAAAAAUGGCGGAUAUGUUGAAAAGGCGAUCAAAUACCUCCAUGCUAAUGAUGUGUUGAAUUAUUCUGGUGGAGUACCUCAAAGUUUGGAUAACACAGGGGAGCAGUGGGAUUACCCAAAUGCUUGGCCUCCCUCACAACAUUUGCUAAUUUUCGGUUUGAAAAGGACAGGACAUCCGGAAGCAGAAAAACUGGCAGAAGCUUUGGCGAAAAAAUGGUUGACUACAAAUCACGAGGCUUUUCUGAAAACACACCACAUGGCAGAAAAGUAUCAUGCUUCAGCCAUAGGGCAAUCAGGAGGUGGGGGAGAAUACGAUGUUCAAUUUGGUUUUGGUUGGACCAACGGUGUCGUUUUGGACAUACUGGUGAAUUAUUUCAGUAGACCAAAACCUCCAAAAAAGACCAACUAACGUACCCACCCAUGACCCUACCUGUCUACGCCAAUGCAUCUGACGUUAUUCCAGGAAUUCCUCGACUCGACUGUGGAAACAAAUUUCCAUUUUCCAAUAACAUUUUUGUCAUUUCUUCGUGGAAGUAUUCUAUGAAUAUCUUGAAGGAUGAUUAGAUAUAUCCAUAUUGGAUCAGAGAAGGAAAAUAAUGAUUCGAAAGAAUCAUAUAAUGCCAUUAUAUUGCAGAAGUAUGAUGGUUACUGGAUAUCAUCAAAUUUUGUUGGAAACUACCAGUUUAUAUUAUAAAUGCGACUCAUUGACUGUAAACAAGUUGAUAUUCAUUUAUUAUGAAUUGUAUUAUAUUUAUCAUCAAAUUC